AUGAAACUAAGGCAUAGCGUUGAUCAUAUUAUUCCUAUAAAUCUGUUAUAUUUGUUACUACUUUACUCGACCAAAAAAGUGGAUGCUGAUUCGUUAAUUGUAGAUGUUAUAGAAACUGUCGUCUCUGUCGCUGAAACGGUGUCUAGCAGUUAUCAGAAUUUUAAAUGUCGGUUACAAGAAUGCUGCUAUGACGUGAUAAUGGACAUUGACAAAUUUAUUUAUUUAGUGUUAGAAUACCUGAUACACAGUCAACUGUACGGCCAACAUCUCGCAAAGAAAGUCAUUUUGAAGGCGAUAAGUUCACACUGGUUGAACAGAAAUCCUAACAAGGCCUUAGUUAUAUCGUUGCACGGAACGCCUGGAACAGGCAAAACUUAUACUUCACAAAUGAUAGCUCAAAGCAUGUUUAGGAAAGGGGAGAAAAGUAACUACGUUCAUAUGCUUCCAUCAACCCUACAUUUUUCUGAUUCAAGAAUUGUUCAGCAAUAUAAGAAUGAUUUAAAGAGUUGGAUUCGUGGUAAUAUAUCGUUGUGUGACAGAAACUUAUUCAUUUUUGAUGAGGUGGACAAAGCACCGCAAACUGUAUUCGAUGUUGUCAAACCAUUUACAGAUUAUCAUUCUAAUAUAGACGGAGUUGACUAUCGGAAAAGCAUAUUUAUUUUUAUAAGCAAUGCCGCAGGAGGAGAAGUAGCAGAUAGGACAUUAGAACAUUAUAACAGAGGCGAUGAACGCGAGCAAAUCACUUUAGAAGAAAUGGAGGAACCUAUUGCGUUAAAUGUUUACAAUUCAAUAGGUGGAAUGGAAGAAAGUCAACUGAUUGCUUCAAGUCUUAUCGAUCACUUCGUUCCCUACUUACCUUUGGAAAGGAAACAUGUUAUUUUGUGCAUUGAAAAAUACUUAAAAUCUCGCUUUGUUACUCCGACAAAAAAACGCGUUGAAAGUAUUGCUGAUAGUAUGAAUUACUUUCCAAAGUCAAGUGGAGUUUAUUCUUCUUCCGGCUGUAAACGAGUGAAUCAAAAGGUCGAUCUCUAUCUGGAGACUGAAGAGUUAGAAGAAAUGCCAGAUUUAAAGACAGCUAAGGAUAAUCUAGAUGAACUGUAG